AAUUAAUUAACUCCCACUGAUCUUCUCCACCACCACCUUCUUCCUCUUCACUUCUCAAAAUGCCACAAACUUCUCAUCAUUUUCACCUUCUUCCUCCUCCAUCACCGUUGCUCCUCUCCUUCUUCUCCAUCUUCUUUGCCUUCGCCUUUUCCGAAAAGCCUCACCCCACCUUCAACGUCGUCAGUUUUGGAGCCCAUCCCUCCGGUGAGUCCGACUCCACCGACGCCUUCCUCGCUGCAUGGGCCCAGGCUUGCCGUUCUCCUCAUCCUUCCGCCAUAUAUGUCCCGCCGGGGGAGUUCCUGGUGGGCCAUGCUCGGUUCCGAGGGCAAUGCCGCAACAAGGCCAUCUCCAUAAUCAUCGACGGCACGCUCCUUGCUCCUUCCGAUUACCGGAGCGUCCACGAAGAGUACUGGCUGCUGUUUGAGCUUGUCGACGGUGUUUCCAUCCACGGCGGAGUUCUCGAUGGUCGAGGGGCCAGCCUGUGGGAAUGCAAGAACUCCGGUGGAAUUUGUCCUCCAGGAGCCACGACACUGGGAUUUAGCAAUUCCAAGAACAUUCGCAUUAAGAGCUUGACCUCGCGCGACAGCCAAGUGUUCCAUAUAGCCUUCAAUGGGUGCCGCAAGGUUAGAGUGAAACACGUCAGCGUGGUGGCCGCCGAAAACAGCCCCAACACCGACGGCAUUCACGUUCAGUAUUCAUCCGACGUCAUCAUCCUCCACUCCGAAAUUCGCACCGGCGACGACUGUGUUUCCGUCGGACCGGGCACGUCGGACCUCAGGAUUGAACACGUGGCUUGCGGACCAGGUCAUGGAAUUAGCAUUGGAAGUUUAGGGAGGGAGAUGGAGGAGCCUGGGGUACAAAGAGUGACAGUUAAAGCGGUUAACCUGACGGGUACUCAAAAUGGAGUGAGGAUCAAGUCAUGGGGCAGGCCCAGCCAUGGCUUUGUGAACAGAAUCGUUUUCCAUAACAUAGUCAUGCUGGACGUGCACAAUCCUAUCAUCAUCGACCAGAAUUACUGCCCCGAUAACAUCAACUGCCCCGGUCAGGCUUCGGGGAUCAAGAUCGGGGACGUCAAGUACAAGAACAUUCCGGGAACGUCAGCAUCAGAAGUUGCUGUGAAAUUUGAUUGCAGCUCCAAGCACCCUUGCUACUCUCUGAGGAUGGAGGAUGUCAACCUCACCUACAAGGAGCAAGAAGCUCAGGCUCUCUGCAACAACGCAGCCGGCACCGCCUCCGCUUGGGUCCGCCCUGAAAGCUGCCUGUAGGAAUGUUGCUUCUUGUCUGUGAGUCCGUUGGGCUUGUUCCCGGCCUUGCAUUCAUGGUGGCCUAUUAGGAAGCCCAACGUAUCCGUGGCUGCUCUUAUGUGCUAAUCCUGAGUGUAUUAUAUUUAUGUAUACUAGUUAGAUAGUUAGAUAUGUGAAUUCUUAUGUGGAACUUUUUAAAAGCAGUCACAAUACUUAU